AUGAACACACUGAGGAGAGACAUCAAGGAGAGAACUAACCAGAUAUCAAAGAUGCAGUGGAGUCUGUGUCUGCUUAUUCUGAUGGGUCAGUGUUGCUUCUUUACAUGCCGCCUGUAUGAGUACCACUUUAUUGCAGAAAACAAGACCUGGUCUGAAGCACAGAGAUACUGCAGAGAGAAUUAUACAGACCUGGCCAAAGUGUUUGACAUGACAGACAUGAGCAGACUCCGUAACUCCACACAGAAUCAAGGAGAAGCCUGGAUUGGACUGAACAACACAGAUGGAAACAGGACGUGGCAUUGGUCUCUGCCAGGAGUGGAAUACAUUCAUAAUGUCAACAGCUGGGAUCAGAGUGGAAGAGAAACUUGGGAAGAUCCUGGGAACUGUGGGAGGAAAAGAUACGAUCAAGGAGAUAAAAAGCUGGUAGAUGUUUCAUGUAACAUUACUAUGUGGUUCAUCUGCUAUGAUGAAAUGAAGAAAGACAAUAAAACACUUUAUUUGAUUGAGUACAAGAUGAAAUGGACACAGGCUCAGAGCUACUGCAGGUAUAAUUACACUGACUUGGCCAGUGGACUAGAUCAGGUAGAUGAAGAAAAAUAUGAGGCCGUGAUAAAAGGUUUAAUCCCUGAUAAAAAAUUUAGCGCAUGGGUCGGUCUGUUCAGAGACAGCUGGAGGUGGUCAGAUGGGAGUGAUUUCUCUUUCAGAUACUGGGAUAUGGAGUUAUUCAUUGAUACACAAAGCAACAAGACAUGUGCUAUGACUCUGUUAAACAGAUCAGGAAAAUGGAGCUCUGAUGAAUGUGACAAAGAAAAACCCUUCUUCUGUUAUGAUGACAAUUUGAUCCUGAUCAAAGAAAACAAGACCUGGGAGGAGGCCCUGUAUUACUGCAGAGAGAACUACAAUGACCUGGUGUCCAUUACUAACUCUCAUGAUCAGAACUGGAUCCAGGAGAAAGUCAAGCAGGCCAACUCUCCCUACGUAUGGCUGGGACUGCGCUACACCUGCACUCUGGGUUUCUGGUUCUGGGUCACUGAUGAGGUGGUUGAAUAUAAAAACUGGGCGUCUGAUGUAACGGCUGAUGACUGUGACAUGUCUGGAGCCAUGAAUAGAGGAAGCCCACAUAAGUGGUCCAAACAAGCUGAUAAUAAAAUGUUUAAUUUCAUCUGUUCUAAGAAGUAAAAACCUCUCUGAUCAUUGAUCAAAAGGGUUUGCAUUUAUUUACUUUGUGUUUGGGGUGUGUUGAUUUUUAAAAAGUUUCUUCAAAAGCAUUCUGGGAAAUGUGUAUUCAAGUAGUUUUGGUGAGAGUUUGUAUGGUUUGUAUUUUGUACCUCACAAUAUCUAAAGCUGCUUGAGGUGACUGUUGUGGUAAUUUUUUGCUUGAUAAGUAAAAAUGGAUUGAAUCAUGUUUUUUUUAUAAAAUA